AUGAUUCACGCACAUGGAGAAAACAUUAUUUCAACAAUGAAUCCAAAAGCUGUCGGAGAAAUCAUGGAGAAGCAGUUCAUCAAGACGUUGCAACACUUGGAAAAGCUCAUUACGCGCGUGGAUGAUACGUCAUCGAAAGUCUUGGUCACAGGAGACUUGAAUGCAGGCAAGUCGACGUUCUGCAAUGCGUUACUCAGGCAAACGAUUCUUCCGGUUGACCAACAACCAUGCACUGAAGUGUUUUGCGAAAUUCUUGAUUCAGUGGAUAACGAAAAUAAGGAGCAAGUGCACGGCGUCAAGCAUGGUGUUGUCUACAACAAAGACGAUGCGCUGACCUUCAACAUUCUCGACUUUUCUGAGCUUGAAGCAGCCGUCUUGCAGCCUGAAGCCUAUGCUUCCCUCAAAGUCUACGUCAACGACAAGCGUUCCGUGGAGACGUCUCUCCUACGCAAUGGCGUUGUUGAUAUUUCACUGAUUGAUGGGCCUGGCUUGAAUGCAGACUCGAUGCAAACAACAGCUGUGUAUGCUCGACAAGAGGAAAUCGACGUUGUUGUGUUUGUUGUAUCUGCAGAGAAUCACUUUACCCUCUCUGCCAAGGAAUUCCUCUGGAAUGCAGCCAACGAAAAGGCGUUCUUGUUCAUUGUUGUCAACAGAUUCGAUCAGAUUAGAGAUCAAGAUCGUUGUCGUCGACAAAUUCUCGAGCAAGUCGCCAAGCUUUCACCAAGGACGUUUGCGCACGCCGAAGAACUCGUUCACUUCGUGUCUGCACGUAGUGUUUCUGAUGAGGAUGAGGAUUUUACAAACCUCGAGACACAAUUGCGCAAUUUCGUGCUCAACAAACGAUCUCAGUCAAAAUUGCUACCGGCAAAACAUUUCGCAAGCAAUUUUUGGCACGAUGCUCGAGAGAUUUGCUUAUACAAUCUGGCAGCUGCCGAUGCAGAAAGUGUACAACUCAAAGUGGAUCUCGCACAAAUCGAUGGUAAGCUGACACAAUUGACACGAGAGCGACAACAAGCCAUCGACGAUGCUGUUCGGGAGAAUGAAAAGAUUUGCGAGCAAGUCCAGGCAAAGACACGAUCGCAGAUUGAAGCGGUUAUGGAGACAUUUGCCACAUUGCAGCCCGAGGUGGCGUAUGGCGGACUUUUGGAUUGUGUGAGGUUUGCAGAUUCAUUGAGGACAAUGUAUCUUCAAGCCAUUCAACAUGCAACCAUUGCUUCUGAAUUACAAACGAAGCAUGCGACGAGUGCUGGUGUACAGACCAUUCAACAAAUUGGUCUUGCGCACCUCGAUCCGAGCGUGUAUACACUUCGUCCAUUCCAUGUGGAUCGCAUGUUUUCUCGGAAGCGUGAUGCAAUGGAACGACACUUGCCAGUGACCUUGUCGCCUACUGAUUUCAUCGACUUGCAGCAAUUCGAAGCAUUGGUCGGCACGAGUAGUGUGAGUGCGGCACUUGUUCUUGUUGGUGGGAAAGCACUGGGUUGGUCGGGUCUUGUGGAUUCUGGACUACGUGUGUUGCAAGUGGCUGGUAUUCAACAAUCGUCCAAAGUCGCAGCGACGGCUGUGUUGCUGGUAUUGGGAGGAUUGGGCGUUUAUGCGGCUAUUCGUGUUCCGCAUGCACUUGUCAAGAAUGUUGCAAUGAAAGUAACAAAAGAAGCACAGAGACUGGAGUAUGCACAAAUCAAUGCACAGCGUAUUGCAGCGGAAUGCAGGAAAGUGUUGAGUAUUCCUGAGCAGGAACUCCGGUUGGCGUUUGCGAGUGUUGUUGAAGGUGAGCAACGGACCAAGAGUGAUUUGAUGGCGAGACUCACGGAGGCUGAUGUCUCGGGUGUGUUUUACAAGGAGCAUGCUGCAGUGAUGAUGCGUGAGGCGAAGAAGCUGGAGUUGAUUGAGCUGUAG